AUGAGAAAAAUUAACCCAUAUAAAUUAUUGAAAUCGCAAUCGAAAAUCGAAAAAGAGAAAGGACAUAUUAUGCAAGGAAUUUUGCGCGGUUUGCCAAUAAUGCAAAAAGAAGAAAAAUAUGAAAUAUUUCUUCAAAAUGUGACAGCUCGAGACGCUUUAUAUGGUACUACGGAAUAUGAAUUUGGAAAAAUGCCAGACAGUAAUGAAAAUCCUGCACUUGCUGGUGCACCAUUGGAUUUUGAAAAUCCUUAUGAAGUUGCUGCUCACUUUAAUGAUUUGAAAAGAAAUAAUUCGGAUUGGUUUUCAAGUGAUACACAAGAGGUUUUUGUAUCUGCAGCAAUUUAUUCAGCCGCAAAUACCGAUGCAGGAGGAACAACUUAUUUAUAUGAAACUCGACAAGAUGUGAGCUAUCAUAUUUCUGAUAUGCAAUUUAUUAUUGGUAUUCAUAAAGAUGACAAAUUGACACUUGGACAACAAGUUCUUGAUUCUGUCUAUUCGAAAUUUCUUGUGAAUUUCACCAAAAUCGGUACACCCAAUGACUGUAAGUUAUUCACAAGGAAAACUUUUUGUUUAGCAACAUCGAAAUUCAGAUUGGAAACCUUUGAAUACUUCUCAAAUGAAUUAUCUCGUUUUGGAAUAUGAUUUCAGUAAGAGUAUUCUUCCCUCCAUGGAUACCAAUUAUCAUGAAGAUAUUGUUGAUUUCUGGAAAAUCAAUAUGACUUCCUAUGAUAGAGAAAUAUCAAAACUGGUUCGUUUUUCAUUUCGAAAAAUAAUGAUAAAAAUUUGGAUUUCAGAAAAAAUUCGCGACAAAGACUCCAUUCUACCCAGGGCCUGUUAUUUUGGAACCAACAACAGAAUUAUAUUUUUCAAUAGAAAACACAACAAAUGUUUUUGAAGGAACUACAAUUUCAACUGUUUUGAAAGAAGGAACAACAUUCAUUUUAACUCAAUGGUGGUUUUAUGUUCUUGUACUUCUUGUGAUUUUGAUCAUUCUUCUUGGAUGUUAUUACUGUUGUCGGAAUCGAUCAGAAGAACAGCUGCCGUUAAUUUCAUGA